UAGUUCCUCUCAAUCUCACACAAUAACAACAUCAAAACCCACAAAACAAACAGUUGCUAGUGUUUCCAACUCCACUCCAUAAUUAAAAUCCCUCCUUUUUUUCCCCUGCUCUUAUAAUUGUUUGUGCUUCUUCAUUAUCCUUCCCUCUAUAUAACUAAAGAGUAAAAAAAAAAAUGAUGGCAUGCCAAGAGUGGCCAGAACCAAUAAUAAGAGUCCAAUCCUUAGCUGAAAGUGGCAUAAAUGCAAUCCCUGAACGUUUCAUCAAACCUCAAUCCCAAAGGCCCAAAACACAAUCCAAUGUUGUCCCAACAAAACAAGGUUUUAAUGAUGUUGAUGUUGAGAACAUCAAUAUCCCGGUUAUUGAUUUUCAAGACCUGUAUGGUGAAGACAAGAAUCUAAAGGAACAAACACUUAAAAGGGUCUCUGAGGCUUGUAGGGAAUGGGGUUUUUUCCAAGUGCUUAACCAUGGUGUUAACCAUGAUUUGAUGAAGAGUGCUAGAGAGGUUUGGCGUGAGUUCUUUCACCAACCAAUUGAGGCUAAAGAAAAAUAUGCUAACUCACCACUUACCUAUGAAGGCUAUGGGAGUAGGUUGGGAAUUAAAAAAGGUGCCAUUUUGGAUUGGAGUGACUACUUCUUUCUCCAUUACAUGCCUUCUUCUCUUAGGGACCAAGAAAAGUGGCCUUCUUUGCCAAACUCUUUAAGGGAUGUGAUUGAUGAAUAUGGUGAUGAAGUGGUUAAGCUAGGGGGAAGGGUUCUUGAAUUGUUAUCAAUAAACCUUGGUUUGAAGAAGGAUUUCUUGAUGAAUUCAUUUGGUGGAGAGAGUGAGAUAGGUGCAUGCUUAAGGGUUAAUUUCUACCCAAAAUGCCCUCAACCAGACCUAACUCUUGGGCUCUCAUCACACUCAGACCCUGGGGGUAUGACCAUACUUUUACCAGAUGAAAAUGUUUCUGGACUUCAAGUCCGCAGAGGAGAACAUUGGAUCACUGUCAAGCCUGUCCCAAAUGCAUUCAUCAUCAACAUUGGUGACCAAAUUCAGGUGCUAAGCAAUGCAAUCUACAAGAGUAUAGAACAUAGAGUAAUUGUGAACUCAAACAAGGAUAGAGUUUCAUUGGCCUUCUUUUACAAUCCAAGAAGUGAUUUACUAAUUCAACCUGCUAAGGAGCUUGUGAGUGAGGAUAGGCCACCACUCUAUCCACCAAUGACAUUUGAUGAAUAUAGACUUUACAUUAGGACCAAAGGACCAUGUGGAAAAUCUCAAGUUGAAUCUUUGACUUCCCAAAAGUGAUUUUCCAAUUAUGCCCUAAUUUAUUACCAUCUUGCUUGUGGAAUUAGAAUAUGUGUACAAUUAUUGGGUUAUUAAUUCAAGAUAGCUCUUCUGUUUUU